GAAUGCCCCCCCGGGCCAACCCACACACACACACACACCUCUCUUAUCCCAGCCUCUACUCACUCCAACCCUUAAAUGACAGAGAGAGUUAAAGCUGUGGUAUCCAUUCAGCCUGAUGCACAUGUGUUCAUUGGAGAGAUUGUUACUCUCAGAUGUGACACACAGGGAGGAGGAGACACUCAGCGGUCAUACAGCUGGUAUAAUAACAAUAAUAGAUUCUACACAGCUGGAGGAUAUCCAGCCUCAACAAAGGAGUUAAAUAUCUGGUCUGUUGGUGACUCUGACGGUGGUUCCUACACCUGCAGAGGAUGGGAUUCAGAGAUCAGUGAUGCUGUUACACUGACUGUAUCAGAAAAACCCAAAGCGACUGUAAGAGUGAAUCCUCAGAGCUCCGUCUACACUGGAGACACCAUCACUCUGAGCUGUGAGCUGCAGCAGGGGGCUGGAUGGCAGUUUCUCUGGUACAAAAAUAAUCAGUAUCUGAACAGUGGAGCUACAAACACCAACACACUCAGAGUGACGGUUGAUACUGCAGGAGAAACCGGGUAUCUGUGUAUCGCACGCAGGCGGAACGCACGGACAAACACAGACUACUACACAGCCUACAGUGAUGAAGUCAGGAUUACAGCAAGAGAAAAACCCAAAGCGACUGUGAGAGUGAAUCCUCAGAGCUCCAUUUACACUGGGGAUGCCAUCACUCUGAGCUGUGAGCUGCAGCAGGAGACUGGAUGGGAGUUUCUCUGGGACAAAAAGAAUCCGAAUUCGCAGUAUGUGAACAUUGGAGCUACAGACACCAACACAUUCAGAGUGACAGUUGAUACUGCAGGAGAAACCGGGUAUCGGUGUGGAGCACGCAGGCGGAACACAUACAACUACUACACAGUCUACAGUGAUGAAGUCAGAAUUACAGUAAGAGAAAAACCCAAACCGACUGUGAGCGUGAAUCCUCAGAGCUCCGUCUACACUGGAGACACCAUCACUCUGAGCUGUGAGCUGCAGCAGGAGACUGGAUGGGCGUUUCUCUGGUUCAAAAAGAAUCCGAAUUCACAGUAUGUGAACAUUGGAGCUACAGACACCAACACACUCAAUGUGACAGUUGAUACUGCAGGAGAAACCGGGUAUCAGUGUGGAGUACGCAGGCACAACACACAGACAAACACAGACUACUACACAGCCUACAGUAAUGAAGUCAGGAUUACAGCAAGAGGAUUUAGAUCCAGUGGUCGAACAGUAGGCGUGGCUGUGGGUUUGGGAUUUUUGUUCAUCGCGUUACUGAUCUUAAUGAUCCUGCUGUGGUCCUACAAAAGAAAGAAAGAAAAGCAGCAGAAAACCAAUCAGACAUCAGAUCAGAAUCAGAGGCGGUCAGGAGCUGAAGACUCUCAGGCAGGACACACACCACUUCAGGCUGGAACUGAACACAUUUAUGACACUGUGGCUCAGGCAGAUACGAGUGGAACAGGUGCUGAUGCUGAACAAGGUGCAGGUGUUGGUGAUGUGACUUAUGCUGAGCUUGAACUAAAACCAACAAAAAAAGCAAAGAAAGUAAAAGAGAAAGCCAGUCUGGGUGAUGAUACUGUAUACUCAGAGCUUCAACAGAACAUGAAGUGAGCCGUGAGUCUGUGCAUGCUGAUGAAGUGACAGUCAUCAAACAGAUCAUUGGAAAACUGUUAAUUGUGUCUGUCUUCUGUUUCUUCCUAAAACGCUCAGCUGUUAGCUUUAAACUGCUAUUGCUAUGGUCUAAGCUUGGAUGAUGCCAAACCUGCCAGCAAUUUUGAGAACUUGCUCAUAUCAACCACACUCUGAUGAACCUGCAGAAGCCAAAACAUCAGGCUCUUACUGGAGAUAUAUGUAAAUAACAGAAGUUCAGGCCAUGGAUCAAGUCAGUCUGAAGAGUUUAAUACCCUAGCAUCCCAUCAGUAGGCUUCCUUGCUCUUAUCAGGGUGAAAUCCCAGGAGAGUGUGACUUGCCUAAGAAGCUUUACUGACCAAAGAGGUUCUUCAUUCAGUUGCGAUUUGUUUUCUGAGGCCCGACCCCAAGAAACCACAGAAGGUUGAACAGAUAUUAUUUGAGCAAUUCAUUACCCUUCUUUUAUGCUAAGUUUGUCAUUGUAUGGGUGCUUGUACAGUAUCUGGACUUCCCGUUGGGCCAUGGAACGGGGCAGCCUGCCUACAGCUGGGGACCAUUUUGCCCAACAUGUUGUAACAAGAUGACUGUUCAGUACAGCAGCACUAAAAAGGAAUGUUUGAGUGGAUUUAACUGCACAGCUAUGCAAAAUGAAAGGCUAAAUGAAAUGUCAAAGCUUCAAUGAACAGAACCUUUUCUUGGACUACUAAUGUCACCUUGUUGUAUAAAGACUCUCAUAACUUCUAGACUUAAUUAUUGCAUACAGUAUAAAUAACUGGGUGUGGUGUUGUCUCUUUUAGAAAGCCUCAGCUCGCCCUUAUGAGAAAAGAACAAAGUGAGCAUAUUAUUCCAUUCUUCCUCAAUCUAGUUUGGCAGGAUUUUAAAUUCUACAAUGACUACAAAGUUGUUUCACUUUGGCAUACCUUCUUUGAAAAGCAGUAUACUCCAUCCCAGCAGGUUAAUCUCAAGGGCCACUUAGUUGGUGGAAAUGUUUGUGUUGCAUUGCUCCCAAACUCUGGAAUAGUGUUUCAAUCUUUGCAAUCUCUCUGCAAUCUCUCUAUGUGUAUUUAAAUCAAGAUUGUUGAUGAAGGUACUUGUUUAUUUCUGACUAUUCAUUGUCCAUGUUUAUCUUGUUAAAUGUAAUUAUGAAGUAUAUUACAAUUUCGCAGACGCCCUUAUCCAUAGUGAUGUACAAUAUACCUAGAGCAGCCUGAGGAACAGUUGGGGGUUUGGUGUCUUGCUCAAGGGCAUGUCAGCCAAUCCUGCUUGUCCAAAGAAUCGAACUGGCAACCUUUUGGUCCCAAAGCUGCUUCUCUAACCUUUAGGCUUCCCCAUGAUUAGUAGUAGUAGUAGUAGUAGUAGAAGAUAUUUAUAGUUAAGUCAUUGCAGUUUUUUUUUUUUUACAAUUGCAACAAGCAUUCUUUGGUUCCAAGUUCACAUUUUUUUAAAAAAGUUAAAAUAACUGCUUUAUGUGGAACAAAUAAUAAAAUGAACUGCAGUGAGUUUAGUUGUAAACAAUUAU